AUGGUUACCUCAUUCAUGAAAGGAGGAUUAGUCGGGUUCGGUAAGUCUUCUUUACCCACCAGCAUUAGUAAAACCUUCGACAUUGAUGGCCUUAAUGAGGGGAUUUCUUGCAUGCACAAGAGCGCCACGUGGACUACACGCAAAAUCUCCGGUCGAGGCUUUCGUUCGGGAGUAGUUCGUAAACGAGAAGGCUUUCAGGUCCCGAGCAGCUGCAGCCUAACAGGCGAACAAGAAAUCGGCCGCUCGAUGCUUGUUGUUGAAGAAAAGCCUCUUGACAGCGAUUUCUCUCCCGUCAGUGACCUUAUAGACUGUCCCGAACCCACCCUGCCCGAGCUUGUUUGCUGGGUCGAACGAGCCGGUGGCUCUUUCCAGGGCAUCGGAUUAAGAAAAUCCAUAUCCGAAUACCUCAAGAAACAGCCCGUGUUAAGGGCCCGGCCCUCGGUCGAAGGCAAACACCCUAAAACAAGCCCACUCGCUUUCCCCAAACAGGCCCGACAGGCCCGUUCGCCAACCGUCCUCCAACAGUUAGCCAUAACGUAA